UAUAUGAGGCAAAAUUGGAUAUACCCAUUUUGGAAGACAAAACAUAAAAUGUACCCACCUUUUUUUAAACAAUAAAAUGUACCCAUUUGAGACCAUUCUACCCUUUCUAUUAAAAUCAUAAAAAUAAAAAAUGUAAAAAAGGUGCUCCAUUUUCAUUUUUCACCAAUUAGGGAUUUCAUUUUCACCCCCCCCCCCAUUUUCACCCUCCCUUCCCGUCACCCUCCCCGCCGCAUCACCCUUCCGCCGUCGUGACUCCCUCACCGACGCCGCCGCCGUCUCUCUGUCGUCGUCGUCGCGCAGUGCUGGUCACCGCUGUCACCGUCGUCGUCUUCGCGCGGUGCUGCUCGCCGCCGUGACUCCCUCGCCGCCGUUGUGACUCCAUCCCGCCGUCACCGCAAAUCUCCAGUUCAAGCUACCAAAUGUCGUCAGAUGAACAUUUAACGGAGAACAACGAUUCAGACAACGAUCCCGACAAUCCAAUUCAAGAGGGAGGAUGGAAGUGGAAGAGACCUCUAAUGAGAGGUGUUUCUUGUACAAUAGUGACAUACACGAAGGAUUCAACCAUUAUGAAUGGUAUCCGUAGAGUUCUAUCAGAAGAGGGAGAAGUCGCACUUAAGCAAUUUGAGAAAAGCUGCUUUGGAAGAUUUUUAAAGCUACCGGAUUCAAUUAACAAAUGCAAUCAAGCCAUUCAUCACGUCAUAUCACAUCAAAUAAUAUUUGGUGAGGAAGCAGAUAAAACGGCGCUGUGGUUUAGGAUAAACAACCAAAAUUUGAGGUUCAGUCGUUUUGAGUAUGCUUUAGUGACGGGACUCCAAUUUGAGGAUAAACUAUCCAAACUGUCAACAUUCUCAUUAUAA